AUGGUGCAGAUAGCUCAAGAUGUUGAAGUUACGCCAAAGGCAAUAUCAAAGCUUCUAAAGCACUUGCGAGCACAUAUUGCAAAGCUUGUACUUAAGUCCUAUAUAGAAGAUGAGCCAUUGGGAAUAGUAAAUGAGCCUGGACGGGUUCAUCCAUGUGUAGAGAUGGAUGAAACCAAAAUUAUCAAUUGACAAGGAGAGAGACUAGGUGGGCUUUCGGUAUUUUUGAUAGGGGGACGGAAAGAUUCAGGAUUUUUUAUUGCUCAAACAACAGGCAAUAUGAAGAACUUACUUCCUCUUAAAGAAUAA